AGAAAGCUGAGCCCGCAUCGGCGCGAGAGCAACGCGGCCUUUGGCGCCAUUUUACAUGCCUGGAGCUUUGGACGCCUUGCAAAGAAGAUUACACGCUUUUAUUGAUAGGAGAAUAUGAUAUGAAAGCCUGAAGCACAUUUGGGUGCCGCGUGGUGCGGAGCACAGGCAGCAUGGCAAGUGCCGCUAUUGAAGCGCAGCUUGAGGAGGUUCGGACCAAGCUGCAAAGCGAUAAGGUCACAUCACGAAAGGUAAACAUGUUCGAGGCUCGCCCGUGGGACGGCAAUCGACACGAAUUCUUUCGCGGGUGGCCCCUGUACGCAAUCGCGCCUUUGUUAUACAUUAUAACCGCAUGCACUGAUAGCAGCUGGGGCCUGAAUGGAUGGCCUCAAGCGCUUGCAGCUCCUGCUGGAGAACCCGCAGGCCAAGCAGCUUCUGGACGCCAACACCGCACGACUGUGGCCUAAUGCCAAAGUCAAGAAGGUGAACACGUGGCCGGGGCUGCUACGCGCCUACCUGGACUUUGCGCGCCAGGAGUUGCGGCCGGGCGCGGCGGCGGCGGGGGCGGGCAGGGCGGGGCGGGCGGGCGGCGUGGCGGCGGCGGGCAAGGCGCCCGAGGCGGUGGUGGUGCUGCGGCGGUUGGUGGCGGCGGCGGAUGACUCGCAGCGCUCAGGCCGGCGCUGCAACCUUCAGCUGUGGGUGUGGGCGCUGUGGCGCCAUGUGGCGGACAUGGUGGCGGACCCGGGGGUGCUGGCCCCCGGCCCCACCGCCUCCGAGUACGGCCUGCUGCUGGCCCGCCACCUGCUGCCGCAGCCCGACUACACACGGCUGCUCACACCAUCCGUGGCAGAGGCCCUGCUGGACGCCUACUGCGCCGCGCUGGAGGCACUGGUGGCUGCGGCCGAGGGCUCCGACUCGCCCGCCUCCUCCGUGACGGCGGAGGCGGCCGCGCAGCUGGGGCUGCUGGGCGGCCUGGUGGCGGCCUGGCCCGGAGACAUGGGCGAGGCGCCGCGGGGCGCGCUGGCGGCAGCACUGGCGCGCACCCUGCGCUGGCUGGGCGCCAUUCGCGCCACGGGCCGCCUGCCUCUGGCGGCGUUCACUCUGGCCCACUCGCUGUUGGCGGCGGCGGGACUGGACGACCUAGGUGGCGGGGGCGGUGUGGGAGACCUCGAUGCCGUGGGGCUGCCGGCACAGCUGCAUGCGGCGGCGCGGCAGCUGGUGCGGGUGAACUGGGGCGGCCCGGCGGCCCGCACGCCCGGACUCAAGGAGGCGCUGCUGCGCUACUGCCUGCUACAGCUGCAGCUGGGCGGCCUAGAGGGCGGGGCGGCAGCAGCAGCAGCAGCAGGGGCCACUGGCGGGCAGGGCCAGGGGCAGCUGCGGCCGCGGCAGCAGCAGCAGCAGCAAGCGCUGGCGCUGGUGGUGGCGGGCGGGGGUCCAGACGCCGCCGCUGCGGCGGGGUGUGUGGGGGGCGCGGAGUGGCUUGUGGAGUUGUAUGAGCUGCUGGUGCGGGAGGUGGCGACGCAGCAGCAGGCGGCAUGGGACGUGGAGCCUCUGACGGGGGCGCUGCCGCACGGCUCACAGCUGCUACAGCUGCAGCUGGCGGCGGGGCUGAUGGUGGCGGUGCAGCAGGCCUACUACGACGGGCGGCUGCGGCCGGGCCAGCUCACCCACGGCGGCUGGGGCGGCGCGGCAGGUGGAGGCGGCGGUGGCGGCGGCGUGUCGGCUGAGAACGCGUUGGUCAUACCGGACAGCGAUGAGGACGAGGGCUCACCGGCGGAACGGCCCGCCAAGCGGCGGCGCCGCGGCGGCGGCGCCAGCAAUGGUGGCGGCAGGGGCAGUGCGGCGCCGUCACGGCAGCUGCCGCCGCUGGAGUGGCUGCUGGAGCGGUGUGUGGAGGCGCCGGCCAGGUGGGCUCCCCUCCUGGCGGGCCUGCUCCACUUCCAGGGCUACCGCCUGCCACCCGCCUUCCACACCGCCGCAGUCGCCGCCGCCACCGCCGCCCUGGCACAGCUGCUGCCGCCCGCCGCGUCCGCGCCUGGGGGCCUCGCGGGAGCAGCAGCAGCAGGGCCGCGCGCCGGCGCUGCAGGAGCAGGCCUAGGAGCAGCGGCGGGCCCUGGAGCAGGGGCAGCAGCAGCAGCAGUAGCAGGUGCGAGUGGUGCUGCUACUGCGGCGGCGGCGGCGGCGGUGGCUCAGACGCCGGAGGGCGCGGCGGCGCUGCAGGCGGCGGCCAUGUGGCUGCUGCGAAGUGUGGAGGUGGCGGCACAGCAGUACGUGUACGGCGCCAGUACGGCGGCGCUGACACGUGGCUCCCGAUUCUUUGGCUGCACCUUCGCGCCGCCCCGCGGCUCCGCCUUGUCCUCCCCAGCUGCUACAGCUGCCGCGGCUGCGCCCACAGGGAUUGCCGCGGCCUUCCCCGGCGCCGGCUCGCCAGGCAGUGGCGGCGGGGGCGACGGAGCCGAGGGUGCUGCGGGCUCGGCGUCAGCGGCAGCUUCUGCUGCUGCUGCGCUGGCGGCGGCCGCGGCGGCGGCGUGGACGGAGGCGGUGGAGGUGCUGGCCGCGAGGCUGGGGCCCAGUCCGCGACUGGGCGGCGGCGGAGCCAAUUUAGGCCUGCCGCCGGCACGCGGUCAGCCCAAUGCGCUGCUAGCUGAGUUACUAAUGGCGCUGGCGGCGGCGCUGCGGCUGCCGCUCGGCGGCGGUGGCGGGAGCCUUGUGCCGCCGCCGCCGGGGCUGCUGCAGGUGGCGGUGGCGGUGUUGCAGGGCUGUGUGCCGACGGAGGCGGCGGCGGCCGGAGCUGAUGGCGGCAAUGCUGCGGCUGGCAGCGGCUUGCGCGGGGAGCCUGGGGCAGGUAGCGAGGGCGGGGGGGCUGGGUGGCGCCCGGCGGGCGCCGCAGGUACGACAGCUGCGGCGGCGGCGGCUGCCGUCAGCCCUGCCGUACGCGCCGCCACCUGGCAGGCCGCGGCGGAGCUGGUGCUGGCGGUGCUGGCGGCGGCGCCGGCAGCGGACGCCUCGUCUGCCGCCGCCUGCCAGGCCGCCGCCGACCUGUGCCUGCCCUCCGCCCUGCGUCUGCAGCCGCCGCCGCCCGCGCCGCUGCUGCAUGCCCUACUCGCCGCCGUCUCGGGCGCACACCACCUCAGCACCUCCCUCGCAACUGACACCACCUCAUCCGCCAGGCCCGCACCGCCCGCACCAGCCGCGCCCGCCGGCGGCGGCGCCGCCUUUGAAAGCGGCGGCCACGGCCACAGCACCGGCACGCCAGCGGCCGGCGCGCCACGUGGCAGCUCCCACCUCCCUCCGCUGCCUCCCCUCCCGCUCGACCUGGAGCCGGAGGCGCACCCGCACCCGUCCACCCGCCUGCCGCGCUGGCUGGCGCCGCCGCCUGCCGACGCCGCCGCCCAGGUGUUGCUGCUGCCGCAGCGCCGCGCCGCCGAGCUGCUGGGCUGGCUGGAGGCGCGGGAGCGCGCAGCCGCAUUCCUGUCCUCCCCCUGCGGAGCAGCAGGGGCAGCAGGAGCAGGCGCCGCGGGAAGCGGAACGGGGCGCCGGGCGGCGGCGGCGGCGCCGCCGCCGCCGCUGUCGGCUGCCGCCGCGGCGGCGGGGCGGGCGCUGAUGGGGUCGGUGGCGGCGGCGGCGCACGGUCGGGUGCGGUCGCUGCUGCUGGACUUGGACGAGGCGGGCGGUUUCGGUGAGCCCGGCGAGGCGGCUCAGCUGCUGGGGUGCGGGCAGGUACUGCUGUCAGCCACGCUGCACGCACACGCGCUGCUGCCGCCGGGGCUGCUGGCUGGGUCAGCUGGGCUGGCGGGCGCGGGGGCGGGGGCGGGGGCGGCAGGCACGGUGCAGGAGUCGCCGCCGAGUGCGGUGCCCGGGCCGGGGGCGUCGCAGUUUGUGGGGCCGGCGCCGGUGCAUGGCGAGGCGGGGCCCUGGGUGACGGCGGCGCAGGCGCGGGCGCAGCUGGUCAAGGUGGUGGCGGCGGUGGCGCGGCCGGCGUUGGGGGACACGGGAGCACACGGCGGCGGCGACGGCGGCGGCGGCGGCGGCGGAGGAGGAGGAGGAGAUUGGGGUGGCGCAGGAGGAGGUGGAGGUGGCGGCGGCGGCGCAAGGGCGGCGCCGACUGCGGCGGCGUUGGCGGCGGCGGCGGGCGACGCGGCGUUGCUGCCGGCGCUGACGCAGCUGCUGGGCGGUCUGGCGGCGCUGCAGGCGUUACUGCAGCGGCAGGAGCGGCAGGCGCGGCUGGCGGGAGCUUUGCAUCCGCCGGGAGGGCUGGGCCACUCGGCGUCACAGCAGCAGCAGCCGGGGGGGCAUGCAUUAGUACAGGCCACACAGGCCGCGCGCCGCCCUGGCGGCACGCAGGGCGCAGCAGGGGCACCGGCGGCGGCAGGUGUGACUGGUGGUGGUGGUGGUGGCGGCGGCGGCGGCUGCUGGGUGACGGAUGCGGAGGCGGCGGCGCUGUUGGAGGCUGCGGUGUCCGCGGUGGAGGCGGCGGUGCAGCGGCAGGUGGCGGCGCUGCAGCGGGUGCCGGAGCCGACAGCGGACUCGGGGCUUGGAGGCGGCGGCGGCGGCGGCGGCGGCUGGCAGCAGCCGCAGGGCGGCGACCCGGAUGACGAGUUCGGUGGCAUCAUGAGGGCAGUGGUGCGCAGGGGAGGCGCCGCCGCCGCCGCCAGCGCCGCCGCCGGAAUGGGCGGCGGCGUCGGUGGCGGCGGCGGCGUGGGCGGCGGCGGCGUCAUGGCGGCCUCCCAGCUGGGUGGCGCCGCCGCCGCCGCCACCGCGACGCAGAUGCUGACGGGGCCCGGCGCCGCUGCGGGGGCUUCGCUGGCGGCGCCAUUGGUGUCGGACAUGGCGGCGGCGGCGGCGACAAGAGCUCUGGGUCUGCUAGAGGCAUUUGCGCCGCUGUGCCCCGCGCGCGUGUCGCAAGCCACCAAAAAGGUCGGGCGCCUCCUCAGCAGCGGCAGCGGCAGUGGCGGCGGCGGCGGUGGGAGCGGGCGACAGCAGCCCACGCAGGCGCAGCGCAAAGGCCGUGGCGGCGGUGGCGGCGGCGGCGCGUACGACGUUGCGGACACGGAUGGGGACAGCGAUGGGGACAGCGAACACGACCCCAUCGAGGACCAUAAUGAUGACAUGGACGUGGACGGCGGCACCAGCAGGGGCGGCGGCAGUAGCAGGCACGGCAGGCGCCGCGGCUCCGGUGGCGGCGGCGGCAGUAGCAGGGUCAGGGGACCGCCGCCCCCGCCGCCACCACCUGAGGAGCUGCUCGCUGUGCUGGCGCGUGUGGCCGUGUCAGCAGCGGUGGCGGCUGGCGCGACGGCUGCUACUGCCGCAGCCGAUGCUGCGACUGCCGCGGCCGCAACCGCGGUGGGUGCGGAGGCCCCGCAUGGCACACAGGGCGGCGUUGGGGGCGGCGGCGGCGGCGGCACUGCCGCUCCGUCUGCGGGCUCGUCCCGGGCCCCACACGUUAUGGCGGCGAGCGGCAGCGACGGCGGCAGCCGGGUCCCCGGCGGCGGCGGCGGCGGCGCAGCAGCAGACGCGGCGGCGGCGGCGGCCGCUGCAGCGGAGGCGGUCGCGCAGGCGACACUGGCCAAUGCGCUUGCGGCCCUGGGCAGCAGCAGCGGUAGUGGCGGUCUGCUGAGCCUGCGCCACCCGCGCCACGACCACCUGCAUGCGCACGCCGGCGGCGCUGAGCGCGGCCGCGCCUGCCCCCACGAGUCCCAGCUAGUCACCGCCGCCGCCCAACUCCGGCGCUUGGCUCGACUGCUCGGCACCGCCGGCGCAGCCGCCCACCGCAAUGGCAGUGGCCGCGGCGGCGGUAGCAGCGGCCGCGGCGGCGCCGCGGGUGGCAGUAGCGGCGGCAGCAGCGCUGCGGCGGCCGCCGCCAACCCGGCCGGGCUGCAACAGCUGCUUGCCAGCGAGGCGGCGGCGGACCUGGCGGCGGCGCUGGCGGAGACCAACGAGGCGUUUGCGGUGCCUGGCGGCGCGCUGCCGUACAGCUGGCGGCUGCGGGCGGUGACGGCGGCGCUGGCGGCGGAGCUGCUGCCGCUGGAUGCGGCGCGCUUCACGCCGGGCGACCCCGCCUACGACCAGGUGUCCCUGACCGAGGCCGUCAUCUACCUGCCGGCAGCCGCCGAGCCAGCCUACCGCGCGCGGCGGGCGGGCGCGGCGCUGGCGCGAGUGCUGCUGCGCCGCUUCGCGCCCGAGGCCCACGGGCCCAUCCUGAGGCAGCUGGGGCUGGCGCCGCUGGCGGGCGAGGGGGAGGCGGGCGCGGCGGAGGGGGAGGAGGAGGAGGAGGGGACACAGGGCGGGGCUGCAGGGCCGGGGCUGGGUCCGGGGCCGGGGCAGGUAGUGGUGGUGCCGGCUGUGGGGCUGGCGGAGACUGCGGUGCUCAUGUACGCCGAGGUGCUGCAGCUGAGCCCCCGCCUGGAGGUGUGCGUGUGUCGGCGGCUGCUGGCGCACGCCGCGCUGUGCCGCCGCGACCAGGCGCUGGCGGCGGCGGCGCUGCGGCUGGCGGCGGCGCGGCUGGGGUACGGCGGCAGCACUGCAGCCUACGUGCGGGCCUUCAUGCGGCCUCUGGCCUGGAUGUGGUUCCGAGCCUACGACCUGCCCCUGCUGCUGGCAGUAGCACCUCUGCUCACUGACGGCCUGCCGGAGACAGACCCGGCUGUAGCAGCUACUGCCGCUGCGACAGCCGGUACUGCUGCUGCAGCCGACCCGCAGCAGCAGCAGCAGCAGCAGCAGCAGCAGGCGGCUGUGGUGCUACUGCGGCGGCACGUGGCCAGUGUGCUACUGCCGCUGCUGGUGGGGGACCUGGGCGGGGAGGCGGACCGAGUGGCGGAGCUGCUGGGGGAGCAGCUGCCUGCGCUGCUGGCCGCGCACGUGCCUGCGCUCAUGGGCGUGCUGCUGGCGGUCAAGACCGGCGGCGGCGGCUGGCUGCUGCAGGCGGCGGCGGGCAGCGCGCUGGCGGGGAGGGCGCUGCCCAUGGAGGAGGUGGACGCACAGCUGGCGGGCAGGGCGCACAAGUUCGUGUUCGCCAUGAUGUUCAGUGUGGUGCCGGACGAGGAGGCGGAGGUGCGCCAGGUGGUGGCGGCGGCGGCGGGCGACGGCAGCCAGCAGCCCGGCACCCCGCUGCUGAGCCCCGCGGCGGAGGGGGCGGCGCUGUCGCAGCAGGGCCUGGCAGGCGGCGGCGGCGGCGGGCGGGCCCGAGGCAUCUCCAAGGCCGCGCCGCGGCUGCCCACCUUCUCUGCGGAGGUGUUUUGCCGCACGGUGUUGGACCUGCCCGGCCAGCCCACACGCGCCGCCGCGGAGGCAGUGCUGUGGCGCGACCUGCUGCGGCCGCACCAGACCGCCUGGGUGCUGGCGGCGGCACACGAGGCACUGGGGGGAGGAGGUGGAGGUGGCAGUGGUGGUGGCAGUGGAGGCGGAGGUGGAGGGGCGGCACGGCACCGCGCGCACCGGCUAGCGGGGCUGGGCGGACUGCUGCGGCUGCUGGGGCCGCGGGCGGCGGAGCCCGCCACUGGCAGGUACCUGGCCCACCUGCUACUGCAGCAGCUGCGAGAGCCCGCGCUACAGCCCGCCGCCUGCGAGCUGCUGCAGCAACUGCUGGACAUAAUGGAGGGCGCCAGUGCUACAGCCGCCACAGCCGCCACAGCCGCCACAGUCGCUGCUACAGCCGCUGCUACAGCCUCUGUCGUGGUCAGCGCCGCCGACCGCGCCGCCACACUGGCGGAGCUGGUCCCGCCGCUGGUGGCGGCGCUGGCGGAGGCGCUAGAGGCGGCGGAGGCGGAGUGGCCGCCGGCACUCACUCCCACAUUCGGCCUGCCGCCGCCGCCGCCUCUGGCCGCCGCCAGCGCUGCACAGACCGCCGCCGCCUGGGUGUCCGCCGCCGCCAGCCUGGCGGCUGUGGCGGUUACGCGGCUGUACGACGCGGAUCCGGAUCCGGAUUUGCAGUCGUACUACGACACGUGUGACUACAGCCCGCGCACGGGGCUGGACGAGCACGCAGCCCUGGCGGCGGCGGGGCGGCCGGCGCUGCUGCGGCUGCUGCGGCGUGUGGCGCUGCUGGGGACUCGCGCGGCGGCGGCGGGGGACUCCCUGGAGGAGGAGGGGGGAGAGGGUCAGGGGCAGGGUCAGCAGGGCGCGGCCGGGGGUCCGGGUCUGGCGCUGUGUCGGCUGCUGCCUGAGCUCCCUGAGUUGAGGGAUGUGGUGGAGCUGCAGCAGCGGCUGCGCACCGCGGUGUCGCUGCCUGCCCAGCUGUCGCACCUGGCGGCGGGCGUGCGCGCGCUGCCGCCCGCGGCUCGGGCGCGGCAGGUGGCGGCGCUGCAGGCGGAGCUGGCGGGCGGCGCCAGGUGGCACGAGCUGAUGAGUGAGGAGGCGGCCGGCGGCGGCGCAGCGGAGGUGCUGGCGCCGGCCGUGGCGGCGGCGGCGUGGGACCUGGCGGCGGCGGCGGCGGAGCUGGGCGACCCGCAGCUCAGCGAGCUGGCGGCGGCGCUGCUGGCGGCGGCGGGGCCGGAGGACCCCCGCGUGCCGCCGCCGCCACCGGGGCUGGCGGCGGAGGGCUCGCAGCUGUCGGGCAGCAGCCUCAGCCGCGCCCGCCUCGCAGGCACCGCCUCACCCACACAGCUGCAGCUGCAGCUGGCGGCGCCGCCGGCAGGCAAUGGCGGCGGCACCGCUGCGGCCGCUGGCGGCCGCUCCAGCCGCCGCGGCGGCGCCGCCUCUGCCGCCGCCGCCGGCAUCUCUGGCACUGAGGCCGCCGCCGCUGGUGGCCGCCGCGGCUCCCGUCGCAAAUCUGCCAGUGCGGGCACGGCGGCGGCGAAUGGCGGCGGCGGCUCGGCGGGCGGCGGCGCCGCCGCCUGUGUCGCUGGCGGCGGUGCGGCAGUAGCAGGUCGUGAGGACCAGUGGCUGGCGGCGGUGCUACAGCUCAUGUCGGAGAGCUACCUGGUGUCAGACGACGCGCGGCUGAUUGUGGAGUGCCAGUCCACGGCCAGCCGGCUGCUGGCGCUGCCUGCGGGGCGGGCGGCGCUGGAGGCGCUGGGGGCGGACAGCGCCGCGCACCGCCACCUGCGCAUAUUCCUGCCCACGACCGCAGCCACAGGCCAGGAGCUCGCGCUUGCGGCAGCACCCGACCCGCAGCAGCAGCACCAGCAGCUGCUACUGCCGGGCAGUAGCGGCAGUGGCGGCAGUGGCGGCAGUAGCGAGGCGGCGGACGAGGGGCUGUGGCGGGUGUCGGCGGCGGGCGGCGGCUGGGAGGGCUGGCUGCGGCGGGUGACGCCGGUGCUGCUGCGGCGGGCGGCGGACGACUGCCUGCGCCUGACAGCAGGGCUGGCAUCGCUGCAGGCGGGCGUGUGUGAGGCCGUGUUUCCCGCCCUCCUGCUUGACCUCACCGUCUCCGCCUCCGCCGCCUCCGCCGGCUCCGGCUCCUCCGGCGCGGCUGCUGCGGACCCCGCCGCCAUUCCCGCCGCCGGCCCCGCCCUCAGCGCCUGGCUAGCCCGCUGCCUCUGCCGCUAUGUGCUACAGCCACCGCCGCCACCGCCAGCACCAGCUGCUACUGCCGCUCAUCAAGCGGCGGUUACGCCGGCGGGAGCCAUGGCUAUGGUGCCGUACGGUUUGCCGUACGGGUUGCCGUACGGGACUGGCGGCGGUGGCGGCGGCGGGACGCCCCUAGGGAUGUCGGGGGCGGCCUGGGGGGCGGCCGGAGGAUACGGCAGACCAACGCCAGCCUCGCCGUACGGCGAUCCUGCUGUGGCGGGCGGCGGCGGCGCGAGUGCGGCGGUUGGCGACCGGUACGGCACCGGUACCGCAGAUUGGGACCGUGUCGUGGAGGUCGUACUGCGGGCGCUGGAGUACAUGCGGCGGCAGUACGUACGGGUGGCCAAGGCGCGCGUGCCGGCCGGGGCCAGUGGCGGUGGCGGCGGCGGCGGCGGCGGCGGCUCGCGGUCUCGGGGUGGCGGCGGCGGCGGGCGGCCCACGUGGGAGUUGCACGUGGACGGCUGGGAGCGUGUGUACGGCCUGGACAUUGACUACAUGGCGGUUGCGCAGGCCGCCAUGCGUGUGCGGCAGCCCGCCGCCGCCCUCCUGUAUGUCAGCCACUGGGCCGAGCGCGCCGCCGCCUCGGUGCGGCUGCGGUACCGCCUGCAGCUGGACAGGCAGCAGCCGAAGCAGGCGGCGGCGGCGGCGGCGGCGGCGGCACAGAGAGACCAGGCGGCGCAGGGGCAGGGGCAGCAGGCGGGGGCACCCGCGGCGGGUGGAGGGAGCAAGUUGGUAAAGGGCCGGUCGGGAGCGGCCACGGCGGCGGCGGCGGCGACUGAGCCCUUCUACGACAACUCCCAUGUAUCGGGCGGGGUGGCGGGGGCCAUUCACCAGCUGCCGCGGAGCCGCCCCGAGCCGCCGCCCGGCACCUCGGACGCGCUGUCGGUGGUGCUGGAGGCGUACGGCGCCCUGGACGACCCCGACGCCCUGUACGCCCUGCCCUCCACCACCAUGCUGCUUGGCAGUAGCAGCGACAGCGGCAGUAGCGGCAGUAGCGGCAAUGGCAGUAGCGGUAGUGGAAGUAGCAGUGGCAGAGCCGGCGGCGCGCCGCCGCACCCGCAAGGCCAGCUGCUACAGCUUCGGCUGUUCGAGGCGGAGGGGCAGUGGCCGGCCGCCCUGGCGGGGCACGACCUGGCUCUCAGAGCUGCUACAGCCGCUGCUACAGCCACUGGCGCCUGGGGCGUUGGAGGCGGGGGCCUGGUGCCGGCGGCGGCGGCAGCGGCGCCUGAGGGACAGUUUUCGGCGGCAGCUGGAGUGGUUGCAGCGCUGCGGCGCUUGGGGUCCGACGCCGCCGCCGCCGCCUUUCUGUCUGGGCUGCUGGGCCCUGCCGGCAAUAGCCCCGGCAGUAGCAGCUGUAGCGGCAGUAGCAUUGCCGGCGCGACAGAGCUGCAGGAGUUGCAGUUCGAGUUGAGCUGGCGGCUGGCGGCGUGGGAGCCGCAGUCGCAGGCGGUGGUGGCGACGAGUGGCGCGGGUGCUGCUGCCGGUGGGGGCCUUGGGGGUGGCUUCAAUGCGGCUGUGUAUCGGUCGCUUGCGGCCCUGGCAGCCAACGACCGCUCUCGGGCGGAGACGCUCAUUGCCACCGCCACGCAUGAAGCCGUGCUCCGACUGGCCGCCAGUACCGGCAGUAGCAGGAGUGGCGGCAGCGGCGGCUGCGGCAGUAGCAGUGGUCGGGGUGCACUGGGCUGCUUGGUGCAGCUGAGAAUGCUGGGGGCGCUGCGGGAGGCGGUUGCGCUGUCAGUGCCUUCGUCUGCUGCAGUCUCCCCGGCUGGAGCAGCAGCAAUGGCAGUAGCAGCCGGCUCGCCGUCAGACUGGCCGGGUUCCAUGCUACUGCCGCCGCAGCAGCAGCGUGGUUGGUCGCUGCUACUGCCAAAGGAUGAAGACCGUGACCCGUGGCUGUCGUCGGCAGCGGCGGCUAGUGGCGGCGGCGGCGGCCCAGAUGAGCAGGAGCUGGCGGCGGCGCUGGAGCCGCUCAGGGCGCUGCGGGUGGCGGCGCUGGCGGCGGUAGGGCGGCCGCGGGAGCAGGCGGCGGCGCUGGCGGCGGUGGUGGAGGCGGGGCGGCGCAGCGGCGCUCCGGCGGCGGGACUGGCGGCGGCACAGGCGCUGAGGGCGCUGCUGGCCCGCCACGCCGCUGCCGACUGGGCCUCCGACCUCCGCUGCGGCGGCGGCGCCGGCUGGCGACUGGCGGAGGCGCGGCUGGUGCGCCGCCGCGCCGGCGCCGGCGGCCCCCAGCUCGCCACCCACAUGGCCAUGGGCCUGGCGGCGGAGCUGGAAUCAGGAUCCGGGUUCGGAUCCGGAUCCGGAUCCGGAUCCGGCGGCGCCGCCGCCGCUGCGUCGAGCGCGAUGCGUCUGGCGACGGCGUUGUCGCUGGCGGGCAGCUGGGCGGCGGAGGCGCAGGUGGACAUGGGCGCCGCCGGCGGCGUCAUGGGGCUGAUGGGCCGGGCGGCGGACAUCGCGCUGGGGGCGCUGCCGGCGGCGGCGGAGGCGACGGCGGCGGCGGGUGGCGGCGCCGCCGGCGCUGUCGCUGACGGCUGGGAGGCGGCUGCGGGCUGUCGUGUGCUGUACCGGCUGGCGGCGUAUGCGGACGGGCGGUACCGGGAGGUGGUGGCGGCGCUGACCAGCCCGGAGCACGUGCGGGCGAUGGAGGUGGUGGCGGCGAAGCGGCGGGAGGCGGAGCAGCUCACCCAGAAGUCGGAGGCGUCCACGGGUCAGACCAAGGCCUACCUCCAGAAGCAGGCCGAGCGGGUCCUGCAGCUGGCGGCGGAGGACCAAGCCACAGACGCCGCACUGCGGUCCGCACUGGCAGCACUCAGGAGCACCACCAUCGCCAACUACGACGCGGUUAUGCAGCAGACGUUCGCGCUCAUCAACGGUCUGUUGGCGCGUGACGCCGCCGCCGCCCGCCGCCGCCUGCGCAUAGCCACAUACCGCGUGGUGCCCUUCUCGCCGCGAGCAGGCCUGCUUCAGUGGGUGGAGGACACGCAGCCGCUCAACUCGUACCUGUUGGGCCGCAACUACGCCGAGGGCGCGCACAGCCGCUACGCCGGGCCCGGCGAGUGGAGCUGGAUGCAGUGCUACUUCAAAGUCAAGGACUGCGCUGCGGCCGACAAGCUGCCGUCCUUCCUGUCCGCGCUGGCGCACUUCAGCCCCGUGCUCCACCACUACUUCCUGGAGGGCUUCCCCAGCCCCACAGCCUGGCUGGCGGCGCAGUCCGCCUACACGCGCUCCUCCGCCGCCGCCUGCAUGGCCGGCUACCUGCUGGGUCUGGGCGACCGGCACAGCGGCAACAUCCUGCUGCACGGAGCCACGGGGGAGGUGGUGCACAUAGACCUGGGCAUAGCCUUCGAGCAGGGUCGGUUCCUGGCCACUCCGGAGCUGGUGCCGUUCCGGCUCACACGCGAUGUGGUGGACGGCAUGGGCAUCAACGGAACAGAGGGUCCUUUCCGCCGGAGCUGCGAGGAGACGCUGCGGGUCCUGCGCACCAACUCGGAGGCGCUGCUGACGGUGAUCGACGUGGUCACACACGACCCCCUGCACAAGUGGACCAUGACCCUGGCCAAGGCGCGCAAGAAGCAGCAGGCGCCGCGGCGGCUGGACGCAGCGGCCGGCGGCGGCGGAGGCGGCGCCAGGGCCGACGAGGAAGGCGAUGCAGGCGACGACGCCGGCGCGCAGCAGCAGCAGCUGGGUAACGCCGACGCCGCGCGCGUGGUGCUGCGUGUGAAGCAGAAGCUGGAGGGGCGUAUGGACGUGGUGGGGCUGGGCAGUGGCGGCGCAGCAGGCAGUGGCGGGGCGGAGGGGGCGGCCGCAGCCGGUGCGAAGAAGGGCAAGGGCUCUACGGCGGCGGCGGCGGCGGCGGCAGGGGCCAAGGCCGGUGCGAGUGGCGGCGGCGGGGCAGCGGUGGCGGCGCUGGCGGCCCUGGCGGCGGUGGCUGCGGACCUGAGCGGAGCGCCGCUGUCUGUGGAGGGCCAGGUGCGGGCGCUGCUGGCGGAGGCGCAGGACCCGGCGCGGUGGUGCCGCAUGUACCCGGGCUGGUCGGCUUGGAUGUAGCUGUGGGGGCAGCACGUGCGUGCGUGUGCAGGCAACACGUGUGGGGAGGAGGCACGUGCGUGCGUGUGCAGGCGUACGUGUGGGGAGGAGGCACGUGCGUGCGUGUGCAGGAUUGUCGGGAAGAGGCACGGGGAGGAGGCCAGGGGAGGAGGCACGGGGAGGAGGGGGCCCUGGCAAGCAAAGGUUGAACUGUUGUGCACGUGGCAUGUGCAGGAGGUGUGCGGGUGUGCAGGUGUGGAGUCGGUGCAGGGUGAGUUUGCACAGGAACGACGGGUAGCAGACAGCGGGAGGUGUGUUGUGUUGAUGUGCUGGGUGUUGUCCUCUAGAACGUCCAUACGGGGGGUUGGCUUGAGGUGAGGAGUAGGAAUAAGAUGUAUUUGCAAAUGUUCCGGGGGCGGCGUUGUAAAGAGAACUGCUAGACUGGGUGUGCCACGCGUUCACGGCUAUUCGGGCAGGAAGGAGCGUAUUGCCGCAGGAUGGGGUGUGUGCGGGUGCCGUCGGUAGUUUUAGGGUGCUCCCGCCAGUCCUUCUGUUGCAAGGCUGGCAGGCUGCGGCGGCCAUGUGUCGGGCGCGGUACAGCGGCAGACCCAAAGCUGUAACCAGUAGCUUGG